UUUAUCCUCUCUCUCACAGAAAGAGUUUUUUUUUUUUUUAUCGAUCAACAAAAUAAAAAUUGUUUAUUUGCAGGGCGCCACGAUCUGCAUUUCUCUCGAUCGUAGAGAUUAAUUCAAUUCCUCGGCGUCGUAAUCUCCUCCUCCAUUUGCAAAUCAAUCGAUUUCUUUGAUCUUUGAGUGUAAUCCAUGGAGGGUUAAGAGGCAUUGUUUUUGAGGUGAAUUUUAGCCGUUGACGUGGUUUUUUUUGGAUUUGGAAAAUUAAGAAACAAUGUCUACGAGAGGUGAGCAUCAAACGGUACCGCUGUCGGUUUUAUUGAAACGUGAAUUAGCUAGCGAAAAGAUCGAAGACCCGGAGAUUGUACACGGGCUAGCAAGUCACAGCAAGAAAGGUGAAGAUUUUACGUUGCUUAAAACCGAAUGCCAAAGAGCGCUAGGAGAUGGUUUCACCACAUUCUCGGUUUUUGGGCUCUUUGACGGACACAAUGGAUCUGCAGCUGCUAUUUACACGAAAGAGAAUCUUCUUAACAAUGUUCUAAGUGCCAUUCCGGCAGAUCUUAAUAGAGAUGAAUGGGUUGCUGCCCUUCCGAGAGCUUUGGUUGCAGGUUUUGUUAAAACAGAUAAAGAUUUUCAACAGAGAGCAAAAACGUCAGGAACUACUGUAACCUUUGUGAUAUUAGAAGGAUGGGUUGUAACAGUGGCAUCUGUUGGUGAUUCCUGCUGUAUAUUUGAAUCAGCUGAAGGUGGAAUAUAUCACUUGUCCGCUGAUCAUAGGCUUGAAUGCAAUGAAGAGGAGAGGCAUCGAAUCACUGCAAGUGGGGGUGAGGUUGGUCGGUUAAAUGCUGGUGGUGGUGCAGAGAUUGGUCCUUUGAGAUGUUGGCCUGGAGGCUUGUGUCUUUCACGAUCCAUUGGUGAUAUGGAUGUUGGGGAGUUCAUUGUUCCUGUUCCAUACGUAAAGCAAGUAAAGUUGUCUACGGCGGGUGGUAGGAUGAUUAUCUCUAGUGAUGGUGUUUGGGAUGCUUUAACAGCUGAAGAAGCUCUUGAUUGUUGUCGUGGAAUGCCUCCAGAUGCAGCGGCUGCCCAGAUUGUGAAAGAAGCUGUAAAGCCAAAGGGUCUUCGAGAUGAUACAACCUGCAUUGUUGUUGAUAUCUUACCACAAGAGAAGCCAGCUGCUCUGCCACCACCAAAGAAGCCAGUCAAAGGUAUGUUAAAAGCCAUGUUUCGCAAGAAGAAUUCUGGAUCAUCUUCUCAAGAUAAAGAUUACAUGGAACCGGAUGUGGUGGAGGAAUUAUUUGAGGAGGGAUCUGCUUGGCUUUCGGAAAGGUUGGACACUAAAUAUCCACUAUGCAACAUGUUUAAGCUGUUCAUGUGUGCAGUCUGUCAAUUGGAGAUGAAGCCCGGAGAGGGCAUUUCUAUUCAUGUUGGCACAUCUAAUCCAGUAAAGUUACGUCCAUGGGACGGUCCAUUCCUUUGCUCUAGUUGCAAUGAGAAGAAAGAAGCCAUGGAAGGAAAAAGACCAUCAGGAAAUAGACAUGGUAGUGAUAGUGACUAGCUAGAUCUUUCCAAAUACUGUUGGGUUUUGUGGGCACUAUCAAUUGUUCCAGCGGUGGUCAUAAACGGGGAAAUAGUGCAUUCUCAAAAUAGUAACUUCCUUCAAUUUCUUAUCAGUGGGCAUCGAGCAUCCAUUUGAAUCUAUACUCUCAAGUUCCGGCUUUGGGAGUAAGAAGACAAAAAUGAUUUAAAAAAUAGCUAGAAGGUUUUCAUAGACUCGGCAGUGGAUACAAGCAUGCCUUGAAGGUAAUUCUUUUCUCCAUCUCUAUUCAUCCCAUCGUAUACCAGUCGCUCCAAAUUCAUAGAUCUAACACUAAAUGACAGUGGACUUCAAUGUAAUGUUAUAAUAUAGGGAAUUUGAUAAGUACUCAAUACUCAUUUGUGAAAAAGUUAGGGGGGCAUGCUGAAUGAAAUUUAUUCAUGUAUCAUUGGUUAUUCAUUCCUUCGUAAAAAUCUUUGGUAUAGAAAAUUCUGCAAAAUUCCAUUAUUAUUAUUUCUUUUAAGCAAUGCCAUUCCAUUAUUAAUUUUUAA